CCUCACGGUGCGGCUGAUCGUGAGUCAGAGGAGGGGCGGGAAGAAGAAGAACAAGUACAGACAGAGAGAGACGGUCAGCGUUUCCAUUAGGGGCUUGUCUGAGUCUGAGAUCGAGUCUUUUGCGCUGGAAAUUCUGUCGCUCUGAGAGGAAAAUACGGCCGCAGGACCUGAAGCGAAACCGACGAUCGCCCAGGCCCAAGAAAAGUGAGCACCAUGAAACCCUUCCCUGUGUAUGUUGGAUUCGACAUGGAAGACCAGGGCGUGGGAGCUGCCAUGGACGUGGACUUGGAUGGGGAUGCGCUGGAUUUGCUCGGAGACGCGCUUUCGGACCACAAGCCUUCCGAUGCUGAUUUCUUCAAUUCCUUUGAAGAUGAUUUCGAUGAUGCAGAUCUUGCUUAGAGGGUUGAAAUCUGGCCGCUUAGACUCUUGUGUGUCCGCAGAGGUGUUGGUCGUUCGGAGCCUCUUGUGAGGACUUUGGUAGGGUUUGGGUCUCUGGCCUUCAGAGGAAGCACGGCGGUCUUCUUUCUCUGGGAGUUGUAGCGAUCGGCUUAGUGGACGCCGUGGUUGUCGUCUGAAUGUUUGGAUUCUGGGAGAAAAAGCCCCCACCGGAGCCUUGCGGUGAAUAUGCGUGCGAGAUACAGGCCUGUCUUACUAAGAACGAUUUCAAGCAUGAGAGGUGCAAACAUGCAAUUUUGAAGCUGCAGAAAUGCUGCGAGAAGCACGACUAUAAGUCCAAGCAUUGUGGAUCGUUGACAGCAAUUUUGGGUCCUAGUAAACCAAAAGCUUGACAUUCAGUCAGUGAGAAAAGCAUGUGAUGGGCCAUAUACGUUUAUUUAAGAGUUUAGACUAAUAUACUUUUUGUGGAGUGGUAAUUGUUUAAUUAAGUUGAGACGAUUUGAUUUGUAAUUUUGUAUU